UCUUUGGGCCCCUGAAUGAUCCCCGCCGCAGAAGAAGAGCGCCCCGCAGCCCCAACAGCGCCGCCGCGAGCAGCGCCCCCCAGCGGCCAGCCGGGAGGACGCAGGUUUCCAGAAGGACGCUUCGUACCGAACUCUGCACGGACUUCUGUGGGAAAGAUGCUGGCCAACGUUUCCAACGUGCUGAGAGCUUGUGCUCAGAGAAACAGAUGUGCAGUGGUUGUGACAGCUCGCUCCUACGCUGACUUCACAAACCAAGCCAGCUUUGAGAUAAAGAAAUGUGACCUCCACAAGCUGGACGAGGGUCCUGCCACCGAGGUGGUUCUGACCCGGGACGAGGGGCUGCAGUAUUACCGCACCAUGCAGAUCAUCAGGCGCAUGGAGCUGAAGGCAGACCAGCUGUACAAGCAGAAGAUCAUCAGAGGAUUCUGCCACUUGUAUGAUGGCCAGGAAGCUUGUGCGGUUGGUAUUGAAGCAGCCAUUAAUCUGUCCGACCACUUGAUCACUGCGUACCGCGCCCACGGCUACAGCUACACCCGGGGGGGGACUGUGAAGGAGAUCUUGGCUGAACUCACUGGGAGAAGAGGCGGCAUCGCAAAAGGCAAAGGAGGCUCGAUGCAUAUGUACACUAAACAUUUUUACGGAGGAAAUGGAAUUGUCGGCGCUCAGGUUCCUCUGGGUGCUGGUGUGGCUCUCGCCUGCAAGUAUCAGGGUAACAAUGAGCUGUGUGUCUGUCUCUAUGGGGAUGGUGCUGCCAACCAGGGUCAGAUCUUUGAAACCUAUAACAUGGCAGCUCUUUGGAAGCUGCCCCUCAUCUUCAUCUGUGAGAACAACAGGUAUGGGAUGGGCACGUCGGUGGAGCGAGCUGCAGCCAGCACAGACUACUACAAGAGGGGAGAGUUUAUUCCUGGGCUGAGGGUGGAUGGCAUGGAUGUCCUGUGUGUUCGGGAAGCAUCCAGAUUUGCGGCGGACCACUGCCGGUCUGGAAAGGGUCCCAUUCUCAUGGAGCUGCAGACGUACCGCUAUCAUGGACACAGUAUGAGUGAUCCUGGUGUCAGCUACCGCACACGUGAGGAGAUCCAGGAAGUCCGCAGUAAGAGCGACCCCAUCUCCCUGCUGAAGGACCGGAUGCUCAGCAACAACAUGGCCAGCGUGGAGGAGCUCAAGGAGAUUGACGUGGAAGUGAGGAAGAACAUUGAAGAUGCUGCUCAGUUUGCCACCACAGAUCCUGAGCCUCCUCUGGAGGAUUUGUGCAACCACAUCUUUCACGACAACCCCCCGCUGGAGGUGCGUGGCACCAACCCCUGGUCCAAGCUCAAGUCUGUUAGCUGAACUUUGGGGUUUUUUUCCCCCCCAACUCGUCGUCCGGAUGCCUCGGCCCCAAAAAUAUAUUAAGUUCCCCAUUGUGUCACCGGCAUCCCAUAAUCAUCAUAUCCAGAGCGGUAAUCAUACAUAAUCUACUUCAAAAAUGAAACAGCUGGUUACACAUUUACAAAGAUUUUCCCAGAUUUAAACGACCAGUGACAAAAACUAAGUGAUUCAAACCUGUGUGAGUUAAUUGCUAAUGCCACCUAAUGAAAUUCCGCUGUUGCAGAUGUCAGGGCUCAUUCUUCAACUUUCAGCACCGUUUACUGCCACAAAUGGGGGAUUUUUUUUUUUUUUACACUUUGAAAAGGAGCUUCCAUAGUUUGACUGCUUUAGUGUUCAUCUUCUGACAUAUGUGAUGAAUACUAAAUAGGGAGAACCAGUUGGGUGAUAUUCCAGUGAACUUGGUGUCCAGGUUAACCUCAGGUGCAUUUGAGGUUAACAGACUGUUGCCAAAAUUCCAAUAAUGUUUUCUGCAGGCGUAUAUAUUUUUAAGGAAUGUUGAACUUCUCAUUUGAAAAAUUAUUAGUGCUGGGGUAUUAUUUGAAGUUUUGAUCUCAUCUGUGCACUUAACACACCACCAGGACAAAUGAAGCUUUUUAUUAGCAAUUGGAUGUAAUAUUGCUUAUCUAACAGUAAGCACUUAAUCUUUUUGUAAAGGUGGCCCCAUGAAAGUAUGUGUAGUAGACGACACGCGUUGCUGUUGGUGCUGAGCUCUGGGCAGGUUUGGGGUGAACUAUGAUGAAUGUCAUCUGUCACUCUUCAUCUCAAGAUCCGAGCUGUGAAGAUAACGUUGUACCAUUUAUCCAUAUGUACAUGAUAAAUAACUCAGUCUGAGGAAAUCA